ACCAACUUGCUAAAGAAAAAUUUAUUCCUGUAAAAAGAUCAAAUAGCAAAUAUUGUCCAAUGAGAUUAGUAGAGCAGUAUAUUAAAAUUAAACCAGGAUUAGAAAAUGAUGUUCCUCUUUUUCUGUUCAAAUCAGGUAAUGAUUCAUCUGUAUUAGCAAUUUUAGCUAUAGUGAAAUAUAUAACAAACUAUACUAAUAUUAAAGGAAGGUUUACUGUGCAUAGCUUGAGAAUUGUGAUGCCACAACAGCAAUAA